GCUUGCUCUCCGUGUCGUAAGCACUCGCGGAGCGGCCCUACGAAGCCUCACAGCUCUCGUAGAGACGGCUCCAGUAUUCCUGCGACUGCGUAUAGCGUGGCCGCAGCGGAACUGCAGCUUGCAGACCUGUGAGGCGAGCUGCAAGCUUUGCAGUGGCAGUGCACGUGGCCGUGCUGUCGCCACCGCCGCGCCUAGACGUGGCCGGUGCAGCCAAUACGUGGCCGCCACAACGCUGCCGUAGCGCACGGCGGGCCGGAACAAGUGUCACUGCUAAGUCGUCGAUGCGCCGACUCGUCACCGCGGUGCAGCUAGGGAUGGCGGCGAGCCUCAGCGCCCAGCGCGCGCAACUGCUGGACAAGCUCAAGGCCACACCCGCCGGCGCGAGCAUCUCCCAGGAAUUCGCGCUGCGAGCCGAAGGGAAGGGCUCGCCGCACCGCGCGUCGUUGAAACGUAUUUUUGACGAGCAAAAGCCGACACGGGUCACGUUCUACCGCGACAGCGCGGCCUGGUGCCCCUACUGCCAGAAGCUCUGGAUGUUGUUGGAAGAGAAGCAGAUUAAUUACGACGUGCAGCUCAUCAAUAUGAGGAGUUAUGGGGAGAAGCCCCAGUCCUUCACAAGCAAGGUGCCCGGUGGCUUCUUACCGGCAUUGGAGCUCGACGGCCAGAUGUGGACCGAGUCCCUGGACAUCAUGGCCAUGUUGGACGACACGUUUCCGGAGGUUCCUACGUUACCACCGCGCGACUCGGACGAGUUCCAACGAGCUAGAGCGUUGCUCCAGCUCGAACGGAAGUUAUUUAGAGUAUGGUGCGACUACGUGUUUCGCGGGGGCUGGGGUUCUAAAAGACAGUUCGAGUCGUGCCUCGACGAGGUCGACGGAGCCCUCGCGAAGACGAGUGGCCCGUGGUUCCUCGAGAGCGAGGGCCCGGGCAUCGUGGACCUCCAAUAUGUCAGCCAUGUGGAGCGGAUGGCCGCGUCCGUGGCCUACUGGAAGGGCGACACGUUGCGGGGUGGGCGGUGGAAGCACAUCGAUGCUUGGUUCGAGGCCUUCGAGCAAAGGCCCUCGUACUCGGCGUCGAGGAGCGACUGGUACACGCACGCGAACGACAUCCCGCCCCAGUACGGCAACGGCAGGACUCCGCGUCGAUGGCGUCUUCCUGAGACCACGUCGCCUCGAUCGACGCCAUCGACGUGGCCGUCGGAGAGUCUAUCGCGACGGCGUCGUCCCGCGCAGGCGUCGACGACGGCUCGAAGGAGCAGCAGACUAUUCGACGGGCCUUGGACGGCGGCGACGCCGCGUGGCGUUUGCCACUCCCGCCCUUAUCGUCGUCGGACGCCCCCUCCGACAAGUUGCAGCCGGGCUGGGGCGCUUUUGAACAGGACGCGCCCUACGAGGCCGCGUAUCAUGUGUUGGAGAACCUCGAGAAUGUAGCCCGCUUCGCGGCGAGAGGCGCGGGAAAGGAGGGCGGCUGGAGCUUCAUGCGGCCGGACCGGGCUCGACUAGCCGACCCCUACGCGAAGCCGGCCGAGGGCGUCGUGCUGGAGAAGGUACAAGAGGCUUUAUUAGUCAUCGGCGCGUGCCUCGUCGGGGACUGCGACACGUCUGUUGACGUGUCGUCCCUGAAAGCCUUGGACGAGUCCAUGAGGAAUGAUAUUCGAGCGUCGCUGGCUUAUGUCAGGGAUAGGGUCGGCGUGCCGCGGGACAUGUCCUACCCGGCGGCGCGGUGCCUCCGCGGGGCUUUGAACUGGCUGCGGGACGCGCUCGCGUAAGAAGCAUAGAGUUU